CCCUGGCGACCGCGUGCUGCGUCCUUCCGGUACUCCUCUCGCUGCUCGCCGGCCGCUUCGCAUACGUGCUUUGGCGCAGCGGCCAGCCGUCGUCCAAGUCUCCCACCGCCGGGUUGCGGUGUCUCAUCGUCUUCGGAUCUGGUAGCUGCAAGACCAUUCGGGAAUUGCUUCAUCACUGACUUUAAUCACGAUUGACAGUCAGGUUCAUGAUUUUAUGGCAAAAUCUCAGUCAACAACAGUAAUAACACCACCAUGACAUUUGUAAGGAAACAGUAUUGCUUUCUUACACUAAUGCCCUUAUUGCCAAGACUGAGGGUGGUAUAUUUGCCUUACAAUAACCAGAUAUCUGGAUGUUGUCGGGUUUGGUAUUUUAAGGCACAUUUAUAUCUCUUAAAAAUAACCAGAUGCAUAUUUGAUCUUCUCUUUUUCUCCCUUUUGCUUUUAUAAACUCUGUCCCAUUUUCUUCUAGCACGUCACAGUGUAUAAUUGCAUAUGCUCCGUUGUGGAUGCUACAAUAACAUGUCACUAAAAUUGUUUCCAUUUUACCAGACUGUAGGAUCUUGGAAGAACAUUAGGUAGCUACUCCGAGUAAGCCAUAAAAUAACACAGCACGAUGGAUUAUCUAUUAAUUUGUGAAGUUGGUUCUUAGGAGGGCAUACCGCAGAAAUGAUGAAUAUUGUAACAGCACUUCAGAAGGAUAGGUUCACUCCAAGGUACUAUGUGGCUGCUCUUACUGACAAUAUGAGUCUUCAAAAGGCUCAGGUCUAUGAGCAGUCACUGAUUCAGAGUGAAGAGAAGACCAUCAAGAAUGCCCACUUCAUGCAGAUAUAUCGUAGUCGUGAAGUAGGCCAAACUUACAUUACCUCCAUCGCAACAACAUUGCUAGCUACAAUGCAUGCUAUGUGGCUAGUAAUAAGCAUCAGACCACAAGUGAUAUUCUGCAAUGGUCCAGGCACAUGCUUCCCACUCUGUGUGUGCGCUUUCGCUCUGAAGAACAGGACCUGGGCUGACAUCAACCUAGUGACCAUUGCUAAUUUGUUCAUCCAUAAUCUCAAGUUGAUGCCAGACCUGGAUGCCAUAUGUCUUUCUACAGUGGCUCCAGCUGCAACAAAGUUACCCUCGAGCAUACUACGCUGGCCGUUUGAUGUGAAGACUCAUCCACAUCCGAUGUUGGGAUACCAUGUUUACCAAGUCAAAAUUAUGAACACACUGACAAUUUUUGUACACUAAGACGAAUACAAUUGUGGUUGCCUUCAAAGAAAGGCACUAUAGACACUACUACCAUACAUGGGGCAUGGAAAUGUAAAGUUACCUAAAGAUAAUCUUUCUGGAUGAAAAAGAAUCAAAGUGGGCUAAUUGAGGUUAGUGUAGAGUGUAAAACUCAUUUUGCAUGUUCCAGGAGAAUGAUUUAUCUGUUCUUAUUCACUC